AUGUCUCCCCACUUUUCUCGACUCCACUCCGAAACCCCUGUGACACUUCCUGAUACUCGUACUGUUUUUAAAGUUACUGCUCCUCAUGUUAAAUAUACUGAUACACACAUUAUUACUGAUUAUGUGUAUAAUAAUGCUAUCGUUUCCAAAAAUGAUGUCAAUGACACCUUUGAAGUUUUGCCCACUGAAACAAAAUAUCAAUUUAAAACUGAAUUGAAAGUCCCUAAAGUUGGAUUGAUGAUGGUUGGUUGGGGUGGUAAUAAUGGUUCUACCUUGACCGCCAGUAUUGUUGCUAACCGUAAAAACAUCACUUGGCGUACCAAGGAAGGCAUUAAAUCUCCAAAUUAUUUUGGAUCUGUUGUUCAAUCUUCAACACUCAAGCUCGGUGUUGAUGCAAAAGGAAGUGAUGUCUAUAUUCCCUUUAGCCAAAUUUUACCCAUGGUUCAUCCCAAUGACCUGGUUCUUGGUGGUUGGGAUAUUAGCUCUUUCAAUAUUGCUCAAGCUAUGGAACGUGCUCAAGUCCUUGAUUAUGAUCUUCAACGUCAAGUUGCUCCAAUGCUUCAAGAAAUGAAACCGCUUCCUUCUAUUUAUUACCCUGACUUUAUAGCUGCUAACCAAUGUGAUCGAGCUGAUAACCUUAUUCCUAGUGAUAAUAAAAAAGAACACUUGGAACAUAUUCGUAAUGACAUUCGUCAAUUUAAAGCUGCUAAUCAACUCGAUAAAGUGAUCGUUGUCUGGACUGCUAAUACUGAACGAUAUUCCGAAAUUAUUCCGGGCAUCAAUGAUACCGCUGAAAAUAUUCUCAAAGCUGUUGAACAAAGUCACCCAGAAAUUGCUCCUUCUACUAUUUUUGCAUUGGCCUGUAUUCUUGAAAAAACUCCAUUUAUUAAUGGUUCACCCCAAAAUACUUUUGUUCCUGGUUGUAUCGAACUCGCUGAACGUGAACGCGUUUACAUUGCUGGUGACGAUUUCAAGUCUGGUCAAACAAAGGUUAAAUCUGUAUUGGUAGACUUUUUGGUUAACGCUGGUAUUAAACCAAUUGGUAUCACUUCUUAUAACCAUCUUGGUAAUAAUGAUGGUAAAAAUUUAUCUGCACCACAACAAUUCCGUUCUAAGGAAAUUUCUAAAAGUAAUGUGGUUGACGAUAUGGUUGCGGCAAAUCAAAUUCUUUAUAAACCUGGCGAACAUCCCGAUCACGUUGUCGUCAUUAAAUAUGUACCAACAGUAGGUGAUUCCAAGCGUGCCUUGGAUGAAUAUGUUUCGGAAAUAUUCAUGGGUGGUAGGAAUACUAUUUCGUUGUAUAAUACAUGUGAGGAUUCUCUCUUGGCUUCACCCCUUAUCUUGGAUUUGGCUAUUAUUGCCGAAUUAAUGACUCGUAUUGAAUAUCGUGUCAAAGACAUGGAGGAAUUCGAACCUUUUGAUUCCGUUUUGUCUAUCUUAAGCUUCAUGUUAAAAGCUCCAAUUGUUCCACCUGGCACACCUGUUGUCAACGCGUUAAGCAAGCAACGUAUGGCAAUGGAAAAUUUCUUCCGUGCUUGUGUUGGAUUAGCUCCUCAGAACGAAAUGCUUUUAGAACAUAAAGCUCCA